GCAGUAAUAUACUUAAUUUACAUGGUUAUUACAUUUGUGAACUAUAAUGAAACUCAAACCUUAGAGUACAUAAUAAUAGUAUAGUACAAAACGUAGAAUACGGCCCUGGUCGAUCAGUAGGCAUCUGUUUAUACAAUUACGGUUAAGAGGCGAGUCAGAGGCGCGCGCUGUUCCUCCUAAAUGACUCCUUCAAAAUUAUAUCCAUCGGGAACCGAGACACUUACGACAAAACAUUCGGAUUAGUAGUACACGUCGUGCAACCGGGCUAAAUGUACGAGUGCAUGUAGCUCGACAAUAUUGCCAUUAUUUACUAACCAUUUUUAUUUUGUAACAUAAUACUUGAAAAUGGAAACGUUUACAAACUAUCAGUUCCACGAAGAGACCUGGGAACAGCUGUGCUCGGUGACGUUUCAAAACAGCGCGGAAACUGUGCCGUCAACAAAACAACGGUGCCAAGCCAACGCGAGGGAACGUGACAGGACGCAAAACAGCGUGAACACGGCAUUCAACGCGCUCCGACUACUGAUCCCCACGGAACCACCGGACCGCAAGCUCAGCAAGAUUGAGAUCCUUCGCUUGGCUGGCAGCUAUAUCACGCAUUUAGACAACCAACUGUAUACAGGAAACAUGGAGCAGCCGUGCAUUCAGAAAAGCGAUAUUGAAUACAAAAGUACCUCCCUGUGUACCUUCUGUUGGUCUACUUUAAAAAAAGAUAAAACAACGUCCCUGGUGAACAAAGAACUUCAAGGGCCUUAUUAAAUGCGGAUUUUCUUCACUUAUGUUAUGGACUAGUCAUAUAGGCGAUGUGGAGGACUGUUUUUAUACAACACUUCAGAGAUCAAGCAAAAUGAUAUUCGUAUGGGAUAUCUGCAAUCACCGUAUCUAUCGCCAUGAUAAUGUAAUCGUGAAUACAUGACUUACAAUAACCCGCCUUGUUGCCGUCACAUUCUUUUUUAUUCUUUACAAGUUAGCCCUUCACUACAAUCUUACCUGAUGGUAAGUGAUGAUGCUGCAAUCUAAAGAUGGAAGCGGGCUAACUUGUUAGGAGGAGAAAGAAAAUCCACACUCCUUUUAAUUUCUACACGACAUCGUACCGGAACGCUAAAUCGCUUGGCGGUACAUCUUUGCCGGUAUAAGGGUGGUCAUGGCCGAAGCCUCCCACCAGCCAGACCAGGAACAAUUAAGAAACCCUCAAUCGGCCCAGCCGGGGUUCGAAGUCAGGACCUCCGUUUCCACCGUCAAUAACACUGCGCCAAGGAGGCCGUCACAUACCUAUGUUUUUCAUGUGCCACUUUACCGGCAACCAUACCUUUUAGACCACACUUCAGUAACCAUAACUUCACCGGCCACCAAUGGCGUAACUGUACCUACAUAUACAUGGCUCGCGGCAUAUUUAAUGGAAACGGGUCCGAAAAAAUAGUUAUUUUAUAUUUUUUUGUAAUUUUCUUUCGAAUGUUAUUUCGGAGCUGACGGUCUCGGAUGAGGGAUCUUUUGAGCUGUGAGCCGUGUUAUUUUGCCAGCCAUGCUAUGUAUAGUUACGCCACUAAGGCAUCCAUACCUUUUAGCUUUAACAGCGAUGUUGCUUGGCUAUAGGGCUUCCGGCCUUGAAGAGCUUUCUAAUAAAAAGUCCUUGUAGGUAAUCUGAUUUUUUAUUAUAUCAUGUCAUAUAGAUAUGAGAUAGUUUUAGAUAAAAAAUAAACAAACAAUAUUUAUAAAAUAUCAUUCUGUGUGGGUAAAUAUAUGUAAAUUGUAAUUAGGUAGGUAAGUACUAAUCAAUUUCAUGGCUAUGUAAUAUUAUUUUAGAUUAUAUCAUUAAAAAAUU